AUGGACAAGGCGAAGCAGCUGAACUGGGUGGACGAGCGGGGACACUGGAGGAUUCUCAAGUGGAAUCCUCUGAAGAGCGAGCUUCAGGUCGACGACAGCAGGCCCACGAUGCCUACGGAGGACCUGCUCAAACAAACGGUGGAACUGAGGAAGGGUGUCACAGAGGAGGCCCUCCACCGGUUUCGGAGUCACAAGAAGAUGACAGAGAAUCCCACGGCCGAGUGGGUACAGUUCCGGAUGGAGAUCUCCUUGCGCCCCCUUGGCGACCCAAUAUGGCACACACUCCAGGGUUGGGUGGGACAAGCGGCGUGGCAUCUCCUAGGGUGCCGUCUACGACGAGAGAGGCCGCAAUACAACGGCCUGGCCGAUCUGGUGCGUCAGGGACUUUAA